AUGAAUAGAAGACGAGGGCAUGAAGAAGAAGAUGGAUAUGAUCGUGUUCAUCGUAAAAGGCGUCGUGUGUCUGAAAACCAAGAAAUUGAAGACAGAUUAGAAUCGCUUAUAUUGAGAGUUGGAGAGAAAAGUAGUUCAAGUUUAGAGAGUAAUCUUGAAGGAUUGGCAAGCGUUCUAGAAGCUGAUCUGAGCACCUUCAGAGUUAAAAUUCUUCGUAUACUUACUGAAUGCGCCAUUCGUAUGCCUGAAAAGUGUACCAUAUAUGCUACAUUAGUUGACUCACCUCACCUGCAAGAAGAAUAUCUAGAUUGCUUAUGGGCUCAAAUCAAGAAAUUAAGGCAAGAUAACUGGUCUGAAAAACAUAUUCCAAGACCAUAUCUAGCAUUUGAUUCUAUACUUUGUGAAGCACUGCAACAUACUCUUCCUAGUAUACAGCCUCCGCCGCAUAAUGAUGGUGACACUUAUCCCAUGCCAAGGGUGAUAUUCCGGAUGUUUGACUAUACUGAUUGUCCUGAUGGGCCAGUUUUACCAGGAGCACAUUCCAUAGAGAGGUUUCUGAUUGAGGAGCACCUACAUAACAUUAUAGAGGCUUAUCACCUGGAACGGAAAGAGUGUGCUGCCCAGCUACUGUGCUUUCCAUAUAAAGCCAAAAUUCCUCUGGAAUAUUGUAUUGUGGAGCCAUCUACUAUGCCUCAAGUGUUAGCUCAAGCUACGGAAAUUCUUUUCAUGAGAAUUGAUACAAUGAAUGUUGCUUGUUUCGACAGAUUUGCAAAUUGGUUUGCAUAUCACCUGAGUAACUUCCAGUACCGUUGGUCAUGGGAGGAUUGGGAAGGUUGCAUUCAGCUUGACCCAGAACACCCCAAGCCAAGAUUUAUUAGGGAGGUCCUUGGAAAAUGUCUCAGGUUAUCCUAUCAUCAAAGAGUAAAAGACAUGAUUCCUGAGACGUUAGCACCAUUGGUUCCUUUAAAGCCGGAACCUAUAUACAAGUACUCAAUGGAAGGAGCAGAAUAUAGAACUGGAAAU